AUGGCCCUACGACAACCGAUAGACAUCUCCUCCCUGGAGCGAUACAUCGCGACUCAUGUCCCCAUCAUCAAAACCCCAAUAACCCUGAGCCAGUUCGGCUUCGGCCAAUCCAAUCCAACCUACAAAAUCACCAGCCCCGAUGGAGCAAAGUACGUGAUGCGAAAGAAGCCCCCGGGCAAGCUCGUAUCAAAGAGCGCCCACAAAGUCGAACGCGAGUACCGCAUCCUCAAAGCCCUGGAGAGGACGGAGAUCCCCGUCCCCAAGACACUCUGGCUCUGCGAAGACGAGAGCAUCCUCGGAACCCCGUUCUACAUCAUGGAGUUCCUCGACGGGCGGAUCUUCGAGGAUCCGACCUUUCCUGGCGUGUCUGCUGAAGAGAGAACGGAUCUAUGGCGCGAAGCAAUGCUAACACUCGCCAAAUUCCACCGCCUCGAUCCCGGCUCCAUCGGGCUCGCGGGCUACGGCCGACCAGGCGGAUUUUACACCCGCCAACUCACCACAUGGCGGAACCUCACUAUUGCCCAGGGCGCCGUGCUCGAUGAAGAGACGAACAAGCCCGUGGGUCCUGUGCCCGGUAUUGAAGCGUUGCUCCGGUUCUUCGCUGCCCCUAGGUAUCAGCCGAACGACCGGGCCAGUUUGAUUCAUGGGGACUUCAAGAUAGACAAUCUGGUCUAUCAUAGGACUGAGCCGAGGAUCGUUGGGAUUCUAGACUGGGAAAUGUCAACCAUCGGCCAUCCACUCGCGGACAUCGCGAACGUCGUGCAUCCGUGGACGGUGAAUGCCAUUUCGUCCGACGCUGCGCGCCAACUCGGCCUUCCGCACGAUAUCGAAGCAAUUGAAGGACUGCCGUCAAUACCGCAGUGUUUGGCUUGGUAUGCGGGCACCGCGGGUUGGGACCCCGCGCCGGAGUUGAGAUGGGCAGAGGCGUUCUGUCUGUUCCGGCUGAGUAUCAUCUACCAGGGGAUUGCGGCCCGGUAUGCAGCCAGGCAGGCGAGCAGUACGCAGGCGAAGGAGCGUGCGAAGGCGAUGGUUCCGUCUGCUGAGCUGGCGGGAAAAGUGAUUGCGGAUAUCAAAGGAGGGUCUGGUGGAGCGAGGUUGUGA